GUGCACACAGUCUCCUCCGAGCGUCCCCUGAGGCCCAGGAGAGGGAGGCGAGGCUAGCUCUUCCGGGCGGGGCCGGGCCGUCGUUCGUCUGGUGUCACCGGCGGCCCCUGUGGAGGAACUACUUUCUCUCCGGAGGGGGGACUACUUCGCGGAGGCGUCGGAGCUGGCGCAAGGCAUGGCGGUGGCGGCGGCUGCUGCGGCGGCGGCGGCGCGCCUAAGGUAGAGGGACGCCGGCCCGGUCAGGCCUCGGCGCGGCCUACACGCUUCGCUCGCCCGCUCCCGCCCCGGCCCCGCUCCCGGCCAUGGCGGAGCCCUCGCCAGCCCGACGCCCGGUGCCCCUCAUUGAGUCGGAGCUGUACUUUCUCAUCGCCCGGUACCUAUCGGCCGGCCCGUGUCGGAGAGCCGCCCAGGUGCUGGUGCAGGAGCUGGAGCAGUACCAGUUGCUGCCGAAGAGGUUGGAUUGGGAGGGCAACGAGCACAACAGGAGCUACGAGGAAUUGGUCUUAUCCAAUAAGCAUGUGGCUCCUGAUCAUCUGUUGCAAAUCUGCCAGCGCAUCGGCCCAAUGUUGGAUAAAGAAAUUCCACCCAGUAUUUCAAGAGUCACUUCUUUACUUGGUGCAGGAAGGCAGUCUUUGCUACGUACAGCAAAAGACUGCAGGCACACAGUUUGGAAGGGCUCUGCCUUUGCUGCUCUUCAUAGAGGAAGACCUCCUGAAAUGCCGGUGAACUACGGUUCCCCACCAAGUCUUGUGGAGAUACAUCGAGGAAAACAACUCACAGGGUGUUCCACUUUUAGCACAGCAUUUCCAGGAACUAUGUAUCAGCAUAUAAAAAUGCACAGAAGGAUUCUCGGACAUCUGUCUGCUGUUUACUGUGUAGCAUUUGAUAGGACAGGACAUAGAAUCUUUACAGGUUCAGAUGAUUGUUUGGUGAAGAUUUGGUCAACGCACAAUGGCCGCCUGUUAUCAACGUUAAGAGGUCAUUCUGCAGAAAUUUCAGAUAUGGCAGUUAACUAUGAGAAUACAAUGAUUGCUGCAGGGAGCUGUGAUAAAAUAAUUAGAGUGUGGUGCUUGAGAACUUGUGCUCCAGUUGCUGUGCUUCAAGGACACACGGGGUCAAUUACAUCUUUACAGUUUAGCCCGAUGGCCAAAGGCUCUCAAAGAUACAUGGUCUCUACUGGUGCUGAUGGGACAGUUUGUUUUUGGCAGUGGGAUUUAGAAUCCCUGAAAUUCAGUCCACGUCCCCUGAAGUUCACUGAAAAGCCUAGACCAGGCGUUCAGAUGCUUUGUUCUUCUUUUAGUGUUGGUGGUAUGUUUUUAGCCACAGGUAGUACUGAUCAUGUAAUCAGAAUGUAUUUUUUGGGUUUUGAAGCACCUGAAAAAAUUGCAGAACUUGAAAGCCACACUGAUAAAGUUGAUAGUAUCCAAUUUUGUAACAAUGGUGAUCGGUUCUUAAGUGGUAGCAGAGAUGGAACGGCUCGGAUUUGGAGAUUUGAGCAGUUAGAAUGGAGAAGCAUCUUAUUGGAUAUGGCUACCAGAAUCUCAGGAGAUUUAUCCUUGGAAGAGGAAAAAUUUAUGAAACCCAAAGUAACAAUGAUAGCUUGGAAUCAAAAUGACAGCAUUGUUGUCACAGCUGUGAAUGAUCAUGUCCUCAAAGUGUGGAAUUCUUAUACUGGACAACUGCUUCAUAACUUAUUGGGACAUGCUGAUGAAGUAUUUGUUUUGGAGACACAUCCCUUUGAUUCCAGAAUUAUGUUGUCUGCAGGACACGAUGGCAGCAUAUUCAUAUGGGACAUUACAAAAGGCACCAAGAUGAAACACUAUUUUAAUAUGAUUGAGGGACAAGGACAUGGAGCUGUAUUUGACUGUAAGUUUUCACAGGACGGGCAACAUUUUGCCUGUACAGAUUCUCAUGGGCAUCUUCUGAUAUUUGGCUUUGGAUGCAGCAAGCCAUAUGAAAAGAUUCCCGAUCAGAUGUUCUUCCAUACUGACUAUCGACCACUGAUUAGAGAUUCUAAUAAUUAUGUCUUAGAUGAGCAAACUCAGCAGGCUCCUCACCUUAUGCCUCCACCAUUCUUGGUGGAUGUAGAUGGAAAUCCUCAUCCAACUAAGUAUCAGAGAUUAGUACCAGGCCGAGAAAAUUCUGCAGAUGAACAUUUGGUUCCACAGCUAGGCUAUGUGGCAACAAGUGAUGGAGAGGUAAUUGAACAAAUUAUAAGCCUACAAACUAAUGAUAAUGGUGAACAGAGUCCGGAGUCCAGUGUUCUUGAUGGAAUGAUAAGACAGUUGCAGCAGCAGCAAGAUCAGAGAGCGGGAGCAGGUCAGGAUGCUGUUGCAAGUGGACUUCCAAAUGGAGAAGAAACACCCCGAAGAGGUUUUAGAAGACUAAGUUUAGACAUCCAGUCCCCUCCAAAUAUUGGUCUGCGUCGUAGUGGACAAGUGGAAGGUGUUCGUCAAAUGCACCAGAAUGCUCCACGUAGUCAGAUUGCUACAGAACGCGACCUGCAGGCUUGGAAGCGAAGGGUGGUUGUACCAGAGGUACCACUAGGCAUAUUUAGGAAGUUGGAAGACUUCAGAAUAGAGAAAGGUGAAGAAGAAAGAAAUCUUUACAUAAUUGGAAGAAAGAGGAAGACUCUCCAGCCCUCACAAAAGUCUGAUUCGGUGGUUUUGAUGUCACAGUCUAGGCAGAGGACAUGUAGGCGUAAAUACCCAAACUAUGGUAAAAGAAAUCUUGGACGGCUUGACUUAUCUUCUGGAAAUGAAUCUUCAAGCUCCGUAAGACAUGAGACUUCCUGUGAUCCAAGUGAAGGUUCUUGUUCUUCUUCUGAAGAAGAAGAAUGGAAAAGUGACAGAAGAAGUGACAGUGACAGUGAAAGUUCAAGUGACUCUUCGUCUAGGUAUUCGGAUUGGACAGCUGAUGCAGGCAUCAAUUUGCAGCCUCCUUUACGAACGUCAUCUCGUCGACGAAUUACCCGAUUUUGUAGUAGUUCAGAGGAUGAAAUGUCUACUGAGAAUUUAUCUCCUCCAAAACGGAGACGAAAGAGAAAGAAAGAAAAUAAGCCUAAAAAAGAGAAUUUGCAGAGGAUGACUCAGGCAGAGCUUACAAACAUGGAACAUUUAUAUGAAUUUCAUCCUCCGGUUUGGAUAACUGACACCACACUUCGAAAGUCACCUUUUGUUCCUCAAAUGGGUGAUGAGGUAAUAUAUUUUCGACAGGGUCAUGAAGCUUAUAUUGAGGCUGUCAGAAGAAAUAACAUUUAUGAACUGAACCCUAACAAGGAGCCAUGGAGAAAAAUGGAUCUCAGGGAUCAAGAAUUGGUCAAAAUAGUUGGAAUACGAUAUGAGGUUGGGCCCCCUACGCUCUGUUGCCUCAAACUAGCAUUUAUAGAUCCUGCAACUGGAAAACUUACGGACAGAUCUUUCUCAAUUAGAUAUCAUGAUAUGCCAGAUGUUAUUGACUUUCUUGUGUUACGUCAAUUUUAUGAUGAAGCAAGACAGAGGAAUUGGCAGUCAUGUGACAGGUUCCGCUCUAUCAUUGAUGACGCUUGGUGGUUUGGAACAGUGCUAAGUCAAGAGCCGUAUCAGCCACAAUACCCUGACAGUCAUUUCCAGUGUUACAUUGUUAGGUGGGACAAUACAGAAAUUGAAAAACUUAGCCCAUGGGACAUGGAACCAAUACCUGAUAAUGUUGAUCCACCUGAAGAAUUAGGAGCUAGUAUUUCUGUCACUUCAGAUGAGCUAGAGAAAUUGCUCUACAAACCCCAAGAUGGUGAAUGGGGUCAGAAAUCGAGAGAUGAAGAAUGUGAACGAAUUAUUAGUGGUAUAGAUCAACUUUUGAAUCUUGACAUAGCAGCAGCUUUUGCAGGUCCAGUUGAUCUGUGUACGUAUCCCAAGUACUGUACUGUAGUGGCCUAUCCAACUGAUCUGUACACAAUUCGAAUGAGACUUGUUAAUCGAUUUUACAGGAGGCUAUCUGCUUUAGUGUGGGAAGUCAGAUAUAUAGAACAUAAUGCUAGAACAUUUAAUGAACCUGAGAGUGUAAUUGCAAGAUCAGCUAAGAAGAUAACUGACCAGCUUUUAAAAUUUAUCAAGAAUCAAGACUGUACCAAUAUCUCAGAACUUUCCAAUACUUCAGAAAAUGAUGAGCAAAAUGCCGAGGAUUUGGAUGAUAGUGAUCUUCCUAAAACAUCUUCUGGAAGAAGGAGAGUUCGUGAUUGGAAAAAAAGGAGCAUGAAAGCAACUAAUUAUGUUGAAAACAACUGGAAGAAACAGUGUAAGGAGCUAGUGAACUUAAUUUUUCAAUGUGAAGAUUCUGAACCAUUUAGACAACCUGUUGAUUUGGUUGAAUAUCCAGAUUACCGAGAUAUUAUAGAUACUCCAAUGGAUUUUGGAACAGUAAGGGAAACUUUAGAAGCUGGAAAUUAUGACAGUCCUUUGGAAUUUUGCAAAGACAUCCGGUUGAUAUUUAGCAAUGCGAAAGCAUAUACACCAAACAAAAGAUCAAAGAUUUACAGUAUGACAUUGAGAUUGUCUGCCUUAUUUGAAGAAAAAAUGAAGAAAAUCUCCUCUGAUUUUAAAAUUGGUCAAAAAUUCAAUGAAAAACUUCGAAGAAGCCAGAGGUUCAAGAGACGGCAAAAUUGUAACCGUGUCAGUCAGGCUAACAAAAGUAUCAGAAAUAUCAAACAGAAGCGGUUAAAAUCUCAGGCAAAGGUAACUCCUGAGUUGGUAGGUUCUCCUACUCAGUCUGCCUCAAGUAGGGCGGCUUACUCUGCAAGCCACAAGACAAGUGCUAGUGUCUCUUCGGGUGUUACUUCUGGGGACUCUUCAGAUUCAGCGGGAUCAUCAGAAAGAAUGAGAAGAAAUAGACCUGUCACUCGAAUAACAAAUGGGUCUUCACUAUCUGAAAGUGAAAUGGAAGAUUCCUUAGGUACCUCUUCGUCAUCUUCAGCUUCAAAUAGUUCAGAGGGAAGCAAAGCGAGUUCAAGAGCUCGUGAAUCCUCCUUACGUAGUGGGCUGGCCAGGAGCAAUAAUCUCAGGGUGACCAGAACCAGAGCGGCUCAAAGGAAAAUGGGUCCAGUUUCUUUAGAAAAUGGAUGUGGCAGAAAAGCCACUCGAAAGAGAGUCUAUUUAAGUGACUCUGAUAACAAUUCUUUGGAGACUGGUGAAAGUCUAAAAGCCAGAGCUGGAAAUAAUCGGAAAGUGCUACGAAAGUGUGCUGCUGUGGCUGCCAAUAAGAUAAAGCUGAUGAGUGAUGUAGAGGAGAAUUCUAGCUCUGAAAGUGUCUGUUCUGGCCGUAAGCUGCCUCACCGCAACGCUUCUGCUGUAGCUAGAAAAAAGUUAUUACAUAAUUCCGAGGAUGAUCACAGCUUAAAGUCAGAACUUGAAGAAGAGGAGCUAAGAGAUCAUAAUCAAACAUUACCAUUUUCCAAUUCUCAUGCUGCCCAGAAUACUGAAAAUGGAGAUUCAGAGUCAGAAAGCAGUUUGCGGGUAGCUCGGAAAAAUUGGCAUGCUAAUGGUUACAAGUCCCAUACUCCAGCUGCUUCUAAAGCAAAGUUUCUUAAAAUAGAGUCUUCUGAGGAAGACUCUAGAAGUGAUGAUUCCGAUAACGGAUGUAACAGAGCUGCUGGCCCAUCAGCAUCUGGGCAGAAACUUAAGGCAGAAAGCGACUCAGACAAAGAGGAGGAAGCAGAUUUUGAACCAAGAAAAUAUGGUGGUAGGAAGUACAACGCAGGCCGCAAAAAUGCUACUUUCCUUAAAAAAGCAAAGAUCUUCAGUGAUUCAGAGGACUCUGAAGAACAAGAUGGAGAAGACGGUAGAUGUCAUAAAAUGGAAAUGAACCUGAGUUCAGGGAAUUUGAAGCAUGAACCUGUUGCUGGGUCCCAGUGUUUCUCAGAUCAUGUGUCUGAAACUGACUUGGAUUCGGAUGAUGACAAACAAACAAAAGAAAAACUAGACAGUCUUAUGAAAGAUUCUACAUCACAAGACCAUGGACAAAGCAGAAAAGUUUCCAGGAAAAGGGUCUGUUCCAGUGACUCAGACAGCAAUUCAAAGGUGGUUAAGAAAUCAUCAAAAGCCAAAACGGGUCUCCUAAGAGUUCCUCGAAGAUGUGCAACCACCGCCGCUAGUAAGAUUAAGCUAAUGAGUGAUGUGGAAGAUGUCAGUUUAGAAAAUGUGUGUACUAGCAGCAAAAAUGGAAGGAAGAAGGCCCUCCGUUUUGCAUGUACCACAGCUAAGAAGACAGUGAGUGAUUCUGAGGAAGAGGUAAGCUGUGAAGUGCCAAAUGAACAGUAUGCCUGUGAAGGGAGUCCCCUGGAGGCCAACUCACGAGGUAGCACAAAAAGUAUUAGCCAGUCUUUAAAUGGAGACUCAGACUCUGAAGGUAUGCUGAGUUCAGGACACAAGAACAAGCAUACAGGUAGUCACAAAACAAAUGUUGCACCUUCUAAAACAGAGAAUUCCUUGAUUGGGUCUUCAGAGGAAGAUUCAAAAAGCCAUAUUCCAGAGGGUGAGGUUGGUAGAAAAUGUUCUUCUGAGUCAACUUUGGUUCAGAAAGCUACUGCAGAGAAUAACUUUGAAGAGGAACUGAAUUACGGGCUGCGCAGGUGGAAUGGCAGAAGACUCAGGACCUAUGGGAAGGCUCCUUUCAGUAAGACAAAAGUGAUGCGUGGUUCACAGGAAGCAGCCGAGUCAGAAGUAAAAAGGAAGAGACUACGUCCUGAAUUGGAAAAUGUGAAAGCUUCUGAAACAACAGGGAGUUCAAAGUGUGGACCUGACACUGGUCCCAAAUCUGAUUCAGAUUUGGGGUCUGCGACUGAAUCAGAGGCUGACUGUACUGAUGAUACAAAAACCAAAAAGAGGAAAACGAAAGGAAAAGCAAAAGUAGUUAGAAAAGAAUCUGUUCCUAGAGACAGAGAACCCAAUACACAAAUGAGAACAUGUAUGCAUAAUCAGAAGGAUGCAGUGCAAAUGCCUAGUGAAACUCUGAAAGCAAAAAUGGUACCUGAGAAAGUUCCCCGCAGAUGUGCUACUGUUGCUGCAAAUAAAAUAAAGAUAAUGAGUAAUCUAAAGGAAACGAUUUCAGGACCAGAAAAUGUCUGGAUUAGGAAGAGUAGCAGAAAACUGCCCCAUCGAAAUGCUUCUGCUGCGGCUAAGAAAAGAUUACUGAAUGUUUAUAAAGAGGAUGAUACAACCGUAAAUUCUGAAAGUGAAAAGGAGCUAGAAGAUAUUAAUAGAAAAAUGCCCUUUUUAAGGCGGUUCAGAUCCUGGAAAGAAAAAGCACAGUAGUGACUAUGAAAAUGUAGAAGUGGAAUUGAGAAUCAGGGGCCACAAUAAACCAGCAGUUGCAUUCUGCUCCUAGCUCUAACAUUAAUCCCUUGUUGGCACCUUUUGAGGAAUUUUCUAAAAGCCAUAACCCAGUGGGUCCAAGUGGGAGGACAGUGUCCUCUUAGUCAGCCCUGUACAGACACACCCUACAGACAACUGUGAGGUGGAACUAGAUCACGGAGCCUGUAGUUGCAGAGGCACAAAGAAAAGAGAAAUGGCAUGUCCUGAGCUUAUUCCUUUUCAGAAAGGAAGGGCUGUGAAGAAAUCUCUUGAUUCCUUAGAGGAAGAAAAUAAUGGGAAGUGUACAGGGUCUGUAGCGAAAACUUCAAGGACUGAAAACAUUUCAAAACAUCAACCUGAUGCUAAUUUUCAGGGUUCUGCAUUAAAGUAUAAAAAUUCAGGUCACCAUGACUAUGGGUGUCCUUACUGAAAUAAGAGGGGGGAAAAAUUAGGCACAUUUCAAGAGGAAGUGCCAUUGAGUAUAUCUUUUGAGUGAAGCAAAUACUUUAACAAGAUCCAGUCCCUAUAAUUCGCAACCCCAAAAGUCAAAAACCACUUCAACUAGAAGGACCGGGGAUUCAAAGACGGGGAUAUUGAUAAAUGAGUUCUGAGAUAGAGUGCUGGAAAUAGAAAAAAUCCAUUAAUGUCUUAUUUUGUUUAUAAUAUUGGAAUUCAUACUGAAUGAUGACCACUUGAUAUGACUAAUUCAGGGAAUAUAUAUUUUUCUAUGAAAGCUAUGAAUGUGACUAUCAACUUCUUUUUCUCAUUUUUACUUUCACGUAGCAGCAUUUACAAAGAUGCCAAAAUGUGCCUCAGUAUGAGGCAGGUCUUAGUUUUAAUCAGUUAGAAAAUAAAAAGUAUAGAGUAAGAUCAAAACAGUCAUAUUUUUAGAUGAUAGUCAAAUCUUAUGUUUCUCUUCAGCACCUUAAAAAGUUAGAACUUUGUGAAUACUUUGAGAAAAUUUAUUACAAUCUCAUCACAACAAACUUUAAUGGCAGCAUGUCUGGGCUUUUUCAUUGUGGCCUUCACUAGGAUUAGAAAAUCUGGUCUUGAUACUAUAAAGAAUUUCUUUGCAAUGAGAUUUAAUUUGUUGUUAAUGGGUAUUUGUUGAAAUGAAAAUUCACCAGAUUAAAUGAACGCACUGUCAAAUCUUUUUAACAUAGUAACUAUUGGAAAAAUGAAUUGUUAUAAGCUAGUUUUUUUCCCAUUAAAAAAUAUCUGUGAAUAUUAAUAUAUGAUUUGCAUGUGUAUAUCUGAAAAAGUAAAACAGAAACCUAAGGGUUUCUUUUCCUUUUUCGUCAAAAGACUAAUGUAAUGCAUAUUUUUUGGUUAUACAGCUCAACCAAGUGUCUUGAUUACUUGAGAAAUUUGUUUGUGGUUGCAUGUCUGCUUAAAAACAGGCUUUUUGUUUUCUUUUUCUUUGCAUAAGCCAGAAUAUUUCUAUCCUAUGGAGUCUGUUCUUUGCUCUGUUUAUAGUCUGUUUUUGUCUGAAAUACUGAUACUAGUAUCUUGUUACUAGUACAGAUGAGAAAGGGAAGAAUUCCUAAUAAACUGCUAAUAUUUUUAGGUG